AUGCAGCCCACACGGAUGCUUCACUAUCGCACGCAGGGCUUCAACGGCACUGCGGUGAAGUAUUCGCCUUUCUUCGAUAACCGUCUGGCCGUCGCAAGUGCAGCCAACUUUGGUCUGGUCGGUAACGGCAGGUUGUACGUCCUCGACCUCACUGAGAAAGGGAUUGUGCCGGUGAAAUGGUUCACCACUCAAGACUCCCUCUAUGACACUUCCUGGUCUGAAAUCCACCACAACCAGCUGCUGGCCGCGUCGGGUGACGGUAGUAUCAAGCUCUAUGACACAAGCGCUGAUGAUUUUCCUGUCAUGAACUGGAAGGAGCACAAUCGGGAGGUGUUUUGUGUGAAAUGGAACGGUGUGGCAAAAGAUCGCUUCUGCUCCAGCAGUUGGGACGGCACCGUUCGAAUCUGGACACCUCAUCGCCAGGAGUCUCUCCUCACUUUACCUACCCAUAGCUGCACCUACUCGGCUUCCUUCCCUGUUGACACCCCCGACCUCGUUUCAUGUGUCACCUCAGACUCCUACAUCCGCGUCUUUGAUUUAAGAACCCCGGCCUCUGCUUCCAACCACCUCGUUAUUCAGAUUCCCAACCACUCCGGGCCAGCAGCACCACCCAUCCCUGGUCAAGCAGGCAUCCCGCCAGGCGGCAUCGCCCAACCAGCUGAAAUUCUGAGCCACGACUGGAACAAAUAUCGUACUACAAUGAUCGCAACAGCAAGUGUUGACCGAGCUGUUCGCACCUUCGAUAUUCGAGCCCCACAGCAAGGCCCUGUCUCUAUCAUGCUCGGCCAUGACUAUGCGGUCAAGAAAGUGUGCUGGUCGCCGCAUGUGGCAGAGCUUCUCGUAACUGCAAGCUACGAUAUGACUUGCCGUGUCUGGAGUGACCGGUACGAAGCUAGCGGGGCUGGUGAUGUGGAUCCGAUGCGGUCUGGUCCAACGGUUCCGAUUGUCGGCUCAGAGCUUGGAAGAAUGGGACGACACACAGAGUUUGCUACCGGUAUUGACUGGGCUAUGUUCGGAGAUGAGGGCUGGUGUGCCAGUGUCGGUUGGGAUGAGAGUCUUUAUCUGUGGGAUGUGCGAGAUACGAUCCCGUGA